AUGGUCCGUAGCCAGAGAAAAAUACUCGAAAAUAUUGGCGCCCAUUUCCCGCCUUGCGUGUCACCACAAAGUGUUGAGGAAACCGUUUUAUGUUCAGCAAACAAAAUAACCCUUGUUUUUAUGGAUAUAAAACGUCUUACUGGUGAAGAUAAGCUCAAACUCAGCCGUACUUACUUCUUUGCUGGAAUCGGAUUUCUUCCUUUCCUCUGGUGGAUUAACGUUUUUUGUUUUCUAAAGGAGUUGUCUGCCCCACAGGCAUAUCCAGAGUCUAAGCUGAUUAGGAAAUUUUAA